GGUAUUGCAACUGUUGUGUGAAUAUGUUCUGUAAAUGCCUUCGUAAUGUCCUGAUAUUUACUUGACGGGUGGUGAAUUCUGCAUGUUAUUAUGAACUGAAAAACAAUGUUUGAUGAAGAUAUUGAGAUAAGAAAGAUAUCUGAGGGUUUAAUCAACUACCAAGCAAUACCUGAUGCAGACAGGCAGAUGGCUAAUGCAGCGUUGCAAGAAUUUGAACAAGGUGACUUUGAAAAAUGUCUUAAUACUUUGAAAAAGUUAAUACCUAAAAGACCGCAAGAUUCAAAAGUUUUGCAUAACACUUAUGUGACUGAAUAUUACCUUUCCAAGUGUAAAAAUACCGAUUUAUUAAAAAAACGGUUACAGGAUAUUUGCAAAAAAGCACACAUAGAUAUUCAAGAUAUAGAAGUGCUUGAUGAUGUUGACAACUGUGUUGUCUUAUAUAAUCAGGCAGUUUUGUUAUUCCACUUGCAUCAGUUUCAUGCUGCUAUCUCUAUUUUGGACAAAGUUUUCCAAUUCAUUGAACCCUUAGAUGAAACAUUGGGUAAAAACAUAUGUUUUCUCUUGUUGGAGUUGUAUCUUUGCGUGUACCGCCCCAAAAAGGCUCUCUGUUUGGUUGGAUACAUGGAGGCUCUGCUGUUUUCUGGGGCUAAAAACUGCGGUAAAUCUAACCAGAAAGAAAAAGAAAGUCAAAAAGAAGAAAAUAAUGAUAAUGGCAUGGCUGAGAUAUUUAAGCGUAGAUUGCAAUUAUGUAAAGCUAGGUGCUAUGCGAUGAUCAAAACUUCUAAGGCUUGCAAGAGGGAAAUCAAAAACCUGAUGUCUUCUGGGUCUGGUGUUCAAAAUAUUCCUGCAUUUUAUUUGAAAAGUCAACUGGAAUACCAGAGGGGUAAUUAUCGUAAAGCCUUGAAACUCUUGCAUUCUGUCACUUUGCCGGAGGACAUCCCGAAGUAUUUUAAGGAGAGUGGUGAUUGUCUACCUGCCAUAUUUUACAACAAUGUUGGUUGUAUCCAUUUUUACAUGGGAAAGCCAAAUUUGGGAAGUUUCUACAUUAAUAAAGCUAUUCAAGAACUAAACAAUCAUUUGAAUGCAGUUACAGAAGUUGCUGAUAGUAAAUUGAAUGUGCGUCCUCUCCAUCUUAUGAGCAUUUCAACGUAUCACCAACUUUUAUAUAAUCUAGGCAUGCAGUAUCUACAGGCUCAAAAGUUUACACUGGCCUUCUCUUGUUUCAUUGAGGUUGUCCGCUCCUUCCAUUCAAACCCACGUUUGUGGUUGCGCAUAGCAGAAUGCUGCAUUGCCAUUCACAAACCUGAUAAUACAGAUCAGUUUACUGAGUUAAAAAAUAAACAUUUUUUGAAGGAUAUUGUUGGUUCAGGAGUUCAUCGAAAAAUCAUCUUAAACUCUUCAUCUGAGAAGCCUUCACCGGAAGAUUCAAAGAGUGGCGGAAUAUUUGGAGAGACUCCAAGUUUGCACUUGGCUAUGUUGUGCUUGAAAAAUGCUCUGUUUCGUGUCCCUGAAAAUAAUUCUUCAGCAAAUAACACUGAAGCUAUUAGUAAUCUCCAAGGAGCAUCAGAUGAUAAUGAUGCUUCAAAUCAUGAAGACAAUUCAUUACCGACCUUGCCGUCUAAUUUCAUUCAAGGUGCUGAGAUUGUAAGUUUGAAAAAUUCAAUUCUAAUCGCUAGUUCUUAUGUAGCCCUUUGCUUAGGGGAUGUUAUUUUAGCCCAUGAGUAUGCCAAAACCGUGCUGUCACAGCCUAGAAUUUCUGCCACACAUACUUUCUUAGCUCAUUUAUACGCUGGAGAAGCACUUCUAAUCAUGGAUAGAAUAACUGAAGCUGUUGAGCAUCUUAGUUUUCAGCAUACAAAUGAUAUUGAAUUGGCGUUUCCAGUUACUUCUUCGGAAAAUUCCUUGAAGCAUCAGAUGAGGUUCGACUCGAAAUUGAAUGAAAAAAAUGAUGAUGGUAGCAGACCUGUUGGCAAUAUUCCGAAUUGGUUUCCAAACACCAUAUCUACUGCCAAGUUUAUAUCGCAGUACAAUUUAGCUGUGGCAUAUGCAGUAAGAGAAGAAUGGUCUAAGGCGCUAGAAUGUUUAUUGCAAAUCAAUCCAAACAAUCCUGUACCACCUCAGGCACUUUCGCUUCUCUUAUACAUUCAGAUGCACCAAGGUGUAGCUGAUGAUACUAGAACUUAUGUAAAGCAAUGUAAUAUUCCGGCUGUCAAAGAAUGAAAGGAAGAUAGAAAACCGAGCAAUAUGCAACAUUGCACAGUCAUGGGAAAAAGAGUAAUUUUCUAAACAGUUUUAAUCAUUGUUACUUUAAUUUAUUUUCAAUUUAAUGUAUCAAAAUAGUUUGAACAAUAUUUUUUGACAUACAAUCUCAUCAAAAUUGAUUCUAAUUGUUUAUUAUCAUUUGCACUGUUUGUUUGCAGUUGCGAGUUAAAAAUGUAUUCAAAUAGCAGAAACUUUUAGGUUUAUUAUUUUUAUACUUCAGUUAAAUAAAUCUAUUUUGA